AUGGCCAAAGAAAAGUCAGACGGGAAGUCUGCAGAGGUGCUGCCUAGCCCCGUUGUGAAGCUACCUCCCAUCCCCAAAGGCAAACCGCGAUCCUGUGCCAAGGUGCAGAAGCGCCCCUUGAACAGGCGCCAACCGCCAGCUUCAUCAAAUUCCAGGAUCAUCUACGUCUCGCCAAGCACACCAUUCAUGUCUGCUGUGAAACGGGUGCAGAAGCAGCUCAACGCCGGCCUGCGGACCCAAACUGCAGCUCACAAAAACGCCUCUCUGGGGUCCAGGAUCAGGCAGCUUGAGCGUGCUUCUGCGAGUUCGGGCGAGAAAGGCUCAGCAACGGUGACUGUCAUGGGCACAGGGAGAGCGAUAGAGAAGACACUGUCGUUGGCCAGCUGGUUCGAGCAGGCCGGUGACUACGAAGUUGAGAUGAGAACAAAGACCAUCGGAACCGUGGAUGAUAUUGUUGCAGAGGACGAUGAUGGCGAGGACGAGAGCCGGGUAAGGAAACUGAGUGGCCUGGAAGUCUCAAUCAGAUUGAAAUAA